UUAAUUUCAUAAAACAAUUUAUGAAAUAAUAAUUUGUUUUAAUAAAAAAAUGACUAAUAAAAAGCUGACCAUUUUGUUUGAGUCAUUGGACGGCGUCGGACAUGUAAACGCUUGUAUUGGUUUGGCUCAAGUACUGCAAAAACGCGGCCAUAGGAUAGUGUUUGCCAUCGAAAAGACAUAUAAAGGAAAGUUAAGUGAAUUUGGUUUUGAAGAACAGAUUAUUGAUGACAAUGAAGACAAGAUUGUCAAAAGUAAGACACAAUCGCCAAUCAAAAGACCCGGAGAAGAUGGGGCCGAAAAAAUGCUUAAGUCGGGCAUAUUUUCGGGAAAGUCAUCGCUUGAAAAGCUUAAGUUGAUUCAGAAAAGUCCAUUGUUUGCAAUGAUGAUAGAAAAGGCAAAAAAAGAUAAUACAAUGUUUGCUGAAGUUGUCGAUAAACUUAAUCCCGAUGUCAUUAUUAUUGACGACUUUAUUGGUCGACCAGCACUUAUACAUUCGGGUAGACCAUGGGUUUCAGUUUUCAGUGGCAGUCCAUUGUUUUCUAUUGAUGACGAUAAGACACCACCAUUUGGCUCAGGUUUUCCUACUUUUGGCGAUAAAAUCGAUUGGAAAGAGUUUAGAGAUCUUCGUAAAGAAUCGAUAGCCGGAAAUGUUAUCAAAUAUAAUGAAUGGAUUCAAGAAUUAGGUUUUCCUAUUCAUAACUCCGAUAAUAUUUUGCCGAUUUCGCCAUUUCUUAACAUCUAUGGCUAUCCCGAAGAACUCGAUUAUUUAGAUGUCAGACCAAUUCCCGACAAUUUUUGUCCAAUCGAUGCCUUUAUACGAAAAGACCCGAAAGAAUUCAAAAUUCCCGACAAAUUUCAAAAUAGAGAGAAAACUAACAGCAAAUUAAUAUAUUUAUCGAUGGGUUCAAUGGGUUCAGUGGACGUCAAUCUAAUGAAAAGAUUUGUCGAUAUACUGUCCAAAACUCGACACAAGUAUAUAAUAUCCAAAGGACUUAUGGCUGAUAAAUACGAAUUGGCAGACAAUAUGUGGGGCGAGGCAUCAGUUCCGCAGACAAAUGUACUGCCAUUAGUAGAUCUGGUCAUAACUCACGGCGGGAACAACUCUGUGACCGAAACCUUCAGUUACGGCAAACCAAUGAUUGUUAUGCCAUUAAUGGGCGAUCAAUACGAUAACGCACAGAGAAUUCAUGAAAAAGGAUUUGGUAUUAGAUUAGAGCCCUAUAUGUGCUCUGAAUUGGAUUUAUUGGAUUCAAUUGAAAAACUUUUAAAUGACAAACAAUUAGACGAAAGACUAUCGAUUGCAUCCAAACGUAUGCUUAACUCCGAUAGCAUUAGUAAAGCCUGUGAACGCAUAGAAAGACUCGUUAAAUAACAUAUUAUAUUAUACUUACCGUUAAUAUGUGAAUAAUAUUUUUAAAAAAUAUACCAAAUAUAAAAAAUAAUCAUUUAGUGAUUCAAC